AUGAUCAUGAAAAUCCUCAUUAAGGCUACUGUCCUCGCCGUCGCGGCAACGGCGGCCAAGAUCCCUGCCAGAUGCACCGACAACACUCCCGACGGCUUCCGCCUCUGGGCCAACAUGACCUACCCCGAUGUCCCGCCGGACUUCGGUCCAUAUGUUCAGGGGCAAGAGCUCGGCUACGUGCUUCACAGCACCGAGUGCUUGGCCGACGUGAUCCUAGUGCCCGCCGGCCACGGAUCGGUCUUCCGCACCGACGGCGACACCGUCGGCGUUGCCCGCCUCGGCGUCGACGACAACCGCCCCUCUGCCGGCGUGGUCGUCACCCCCGGCGGCACUGCAACGGUACCGUCUGGCCGCCCCGUGGAGCUGAGGUGCUCGGGCGGGACUCCUGGAAUCUUUCUCACGGACUACGGCCUGGAAUAUCCAGAGGAAGCCGGUCCGCCGGGGGCCGGCGGGUUUAUGGCGUGUAAAACAGGGAGCGGCGUGGUGUUGAGCUUCUUUAGGUGGGGCCAGAGGCCACUUCUUGGUUGUACCGUCGUUCAGCUUCUUCCCAUCUACUACUAA